AUACAAGUUCUCUUGAAUCUACAAAUAGUUCUUCGGUUAAUAUUGAAACUACAAAUAGCUUAGACUUGGAAUUAAUACCUUUUUAUACAGAAUUAUUUUUAAUUAAGCCAAAUAAUAAACAUGAUCUUCAACUUUUAGAAAUUAAGCCAAAUGAUGAACAAGAUUUUCAAUCUUCAGAAAUUGAGUCAAACAAUAAACAGAAUCUUCAAUUUUUAGAAAUUGAGCCAAACAAUGAACAGAAUCAACUUUUUUCUUCUAAGGUUGUUGCUAUUACAAGCAUAGAGGCAAAGCAUAAUCAUCAAAUGCAACUAGAUGUAUCUUUAUAUGCUUCAAGAUAUAAAAAGUUGUCUUUAGAAAUUUUAGACUUAAUAGAAUAUUAUAUUACAAAAAAGAAUAUGAGAUCUAAACAAAUCUUAUCACUUUUGAUAGCAAAAUUUUCUGAUCAUAUGAUUUAUAAAACUGAUCUUUAUAAUGCAGUUAAAAAGGUUCGAAAAGCAUCUAGUCAAUGUUAUGAAGAACAACAAUGUCUGAUUCAUUAUAUUGAUAUUGUUCAAACUGACAAUACAUGUAAAACAAAUUGGUUUGAUAUAUACCUUACACUUUUAAUAGUAAUUAACAAUAAUACAAAGACUCAGCUAAUAUGUCAAGCAUUUUCUGAUGAUAAAACUACUGAAGCAUAUAAAUGGUUUUUUGAAUGUGUCAAAAAUGCAGCAUAUAAUACAUCUCUAGCAGUUUUAUUUUCAGAUGUUAAACUCACACUAAGUAGUGCCAUUUCUUUAAAACUACCUACUACAUAUCACUUUCUAUAUUUUUUAUAUUCAGAAAAACAUUCACAAAAAUUUAUGAAGCAAAUUUGA